AUGGAGUCGUCACAUUUAUCACUAAAAGGAAAGGUUGCCCUUGUCAGUGGCUCAUCGUCAGGGAUCGGAGCGGCCAUUGCCCGCGAGCUGUCGGCCCGCGGCGCCGCGGUCAUCGUCAACUAUCCCUACCCCUCAGAAGCAAGCACCGCGCUCGAGGUACUAGGGUCACUGGCCGGAGACGCAAAAUCAAAAUCAAUAAUCGUGGAAGCCGACCUUGCGACGAUAGACGGACCCAGGCAACUUUCCGCAGCCGCAGCGGCCCACUUCGGAAAAAUCGAUAUUCUUGUCAAUAAUGCUGGGUACAGCGGUAUCUGCAGUAUAUCCGACAGUAGCAACUUUGAGGUAGAGGACGCGUGGGAGAAGACAUUCAACCUGAAUGGGAGAGGAACAUUCCUCCUGACGCAUGCCAUUCUACCAUUGCUUGCACCCAUCGGAUCUCGUAUCAUCAAUAUUGGAAGCUCUACCUCCAGGGAUCCUGACCCCGAUAUGAGCAUCUAUGCUGGGAGUAAAGGCAUGAUAGAAAGCUUUACGAGGUGCUGGGCCCGUGAUUUGCCUCGCAAGCACGGCUGUACGGUAAAUACUGUUGCGCCAGGUCCUGUGGCUACCGAGACCCUUCUUGCGGCACCGGGUGCCUUGUUGGAUCUCCUACGUUCUCGAUUGGACCGGGUCCCGGUGGAAUCACGGUUUGCACACCCUGAGGAGGUUGCCUGGGUUGUGGCAGAGCUUUGUGAGGCUAAGGCGGCGUGGUUGAAUGGAUUGUAUCUGCCGGUCACGGGUGGACUUUCGUUGUGCUAA